AUGGACGGAUCUGGCUCUUACCGGCGUCAUGCCGCUUCCAUGAGCUCUUCCACUCUUCCAAGAUUCGGCGACCCCGCUCCACAGGACCUCGACAGUCUGUGGUUUGUCGACAGCCAGGUAUUUCAGGGUUCUGAAGUAGCUGCUUCCAGUUUCGAUCCGUACCGCUCAGCCCACGAUGACCUCUGCAUCGAAGAUCCGAAGUGUCCCGGGAUGCUGCCUCAUGGCGAUCCCAGUGCGGCUUUUCAUCGAACGGAUUUUUCUCACCCUGGAUCCCACUCUCGCCAGGGCUUCUCGACGGAAAGCCUCCCUAACGUUCCCAACUGGCUUCAAUUUGGCGACCCCUUCACCCCGGAUCUUCCAAAAUAUCUUCAUAACCAAGACCUGUCCAUUUCCCAGCCAUUCCUCUUCAAUUCCUGUUCUCUAGAGGACCCUAUCUCAAAAACCCACGCCCCUACCACCACCCGCGACCCUGACCAGAGCUCAGUAUGCAAUAGCAUAUGUGAUAGCAAUUGCGGUGACGGAGAUAAAUGCCACGGCACAAGCUGCGCGGAUGCUCAAUCAGUUUGCAGCGAUGAAAAUUGCCCUGGCGUUGCUCUGUCAUGCACAGAACCAGACUGCGUUGUGGCGUGCACCGAGGCCAACUGCCCCGAUGCAAAGGCGGCUGUAGCCUUGACCACAUUUGGAGAGCUGGGCACACAGCAUGACUUUGGCGACCUAUCUCAAGCUGAUAUCUCAGGCCAACCGAUGCAUGACACUCGGCCAGGCUCGUACUUGAGCUCCGAGUUCAUGAUGAAAUACCAACACAUCUUCGAAGCACACAAUCCCCACUCACCAACCUGCACAUCUGCUUGCCCUAUCAACGACCCUAGCUUCUACCAAAGAUGUCAUCUACCUCACUCACAUAUGGGCCAAAGCGGCCACCAUGACCACAACGAGUUUAAUCUCUGGAACAUGGGCUGUGGUGCAGAGCUGCCGAACGGUGAAGCGAUGAUUGAGCACUGUUGGGAACAACACGGGCUGUUGCUCGAUGUUCCGCCAAUGACCCCAUCCAUACCAGACCCAAGUCAGGUCCUAUCUACAAUAUCCUCUGCCCGGGCAUCACCGAUGACUCUGGACACAACUCCCAUAUCACAUCACGGCUUCCCCUCCCCACUAACACCCAUACCAAAUGCCUUUGACGCACAACCAAAGGUGCUGGAUAUGCCCAAUGUCCAUGGCCAGAUGGACAUUGUCCUCCCUUCUCGGCCCUCUAGUGCAUGUAGCGCCAAGGUCCUUCUCCGAGAAGACGAGCAGACCAAAUGCUUCUGGUGUGACGGCUUGAACGGCACAGCUUGUGGCCAGACCUUUGCCACCCCCGAGGACUUGCAUGAGCAUGUCAAGGAGGCACACAUCAAGAAUCUCAAGAAGGGCCCAGAUGGCUUCGUCUGCGGCUGGCAGACGUGUGAUCGCCGGCACGGCGAAGGCCAGAAGGCGUUUACUCAGAAGAGCAAGAUUGAACGCCACAUGCAGACUCAUACCGGCGUCAAACCCUUCAAGUGCAAGGUGUGCGGAGAUGCCUUCUCCGCCAAGCAAGCUCUGCGACAGCACGAGCUUAUCCACACGGGAGAGACACCGCUGCAAUGCCCCUUUGAAGGAUGCUCACGUUCCUUCCGCCAGCAAAGUGCCCUGACAAUGCAUAUCCGCACGCACACGGGCGACAAGCCGCUCAAGUGCGAGAUCUGCGGCAAGGCCUUCAGCGAGUCGUCCAACCUGUCCAAGCACAGGCGCACGCACCAGGCCAAGGGCUCCUACGUCUGCUCCUUCGAGGGCUGCGGCAAGGACUUCAACCGCCUCGACCAGCUGCGACGCCACUGGAAGCAGCACGGCGCCGAGCCGCCCAGGCAGCUCAGCGCGAUACACAGGGACUUUGGCGGCGUCAAAAAGCGCAGCAAGUGA